UUGUCCUCUCGCUUGCACUCUGCUCUCACUGCGAGUGCUAGACAAAUAUGCAUGAAGAAAAAAACGCUCACGAGUCACGACCGACCAAUGCAACAGCGAAGCCCUCAGUCCCACAGAACAUCCCCUCGGACCUCUCCCUGCGGAUAUAACCGCGGUUCUGCCAAAAGACAGACACAAAGGAACGACGGAUAUGAAUUCGUUUUCAACAGGGAGCUGAAGCUGGACAGUCAACACGGAUGAGCCCUGUCUCACUCACUCCUCUUCAUACCUCCAUGACGUGCGUUUCUCCUUUUUUCCAGUCAACAUUUAAUCUGAGACCAACGCUCGAUGACCGAACGUGGUCCAUAUCUUUCACAGCUGUAACUGCUUUACACGUUUCGAGAUCGGCUACCUGGACUUGACAAGACCGCACAGAAGCAGUGUUUCCGAACACCGUCCAACGAUCAAGACUUUUCUUGCGGAAAAGAGAAGCAUUUUGGUGACUCAUAGGCUACUCUUGAAUUAUUAGCUUUAUGUUGACUCUUACUGAGAAUUCAUGCGCGUCUGACUUCAAUGUGGGAAUCCUGCGUUUUUUGCAUUCCGCCUUUUGGAUGGUGAUAACCACGCGACAGCAAAUCCCGCGCUGGUUUCCCGCACGUUCUGGCAGUUAGUCGUUAAAUAGCUAUUACUUGCCUAUUGCCAGGUGUAUCGGAGAUGCCACAGGUGCAUGGUAUGGAUUUUAUAUGAAGCAGAUGCUCAAAGAUCACAUAUUAUUCAGUGUACGAAAUUGAACGAGUACAUGAUUCUGUAGCGUGUGUUUUUUUAUCAGCUUGGAUAGAUAGUUGAAUACGGCUGUGAAGCGAAGUAAUUUACCCGCCUUCUGAACUGCAAACAACUUCAAUGUCCCUCCGCAUUCUGUAUAGCUAUUAACCCAGGCUGUAACACAAUGGACCUCAAAGUAGAAUCAGAAGAAAUGGACUGCAAAAAGCCACCCGCUAUUGAAGUUUUUGCGCACAACUCAACGCUGCACGGAAUUUCGCACAUCUUCACCUAUGAGCGAGUCUGCGUCAAGCGUUGUCUAUGGGUCGUGUUCUUCCUGGGCUCCUUGACUUUAUUAAUGUUUGUGUGCGUGGACCGUAUACACUUCUACCUGGAGUAUCCGCACGUCACCAAACUGGACGAGAUCUCGACCCCGAUGAUGGUGUUCCCCGCUGUCACGUUCUGCAACCUAAACUUUUUCCGCUUCAGUCACGUGACGCGCAAUGACCUGUACCACGCAGGGGAGCUGCUCGCGCUGCUCAACCAGAGAUAUGAAAUUAGGGACACCCACCUGGUGGAGGACAGUGUUCUGGAGGCCCUGAAGGACAAAGCUGACUUCCACAACUUCAAGCCCCGCCCAUUCAACAUGCGCGAGUUCUAUGACCGCACAGGACAUGACAUCAAGGACAUGUUGCUGGCGUGUCACUUCCGGGGGGCCGAGUGCAGUGCCGAUGACUUCCAAGUGGUGUUCACUCGCUAUGGGAAGUGUUACACGUUCAACGCGGGGGGUGAGGACCGCACCCCUCUCAUAACUACCAAGGGAGGGAUGGGUAACGGGCUGGAGCUCAUGCUGGACAUUCAGCAGGAUGAGUACAUCCCUGUGUGGGGAGAGACGGAUGAGACCACGUUUGAGGCUGGGAUCAAAGUUCAGAUCCACAGUCAGGAGGAGCCUUCCUUUAUCGACCAGCUGGGCUUCGGGGUGGCACCUGGGUUCCAGACCUUUGUUUCCUGCCAGGAACAACGGCUGAUAUAUUUGCCCCCACCCUGGGGGGACUGUAAGGUGACACGGAUAGACUCAGAAUUCUUUGAGUCCUACAGCAUCACCGCCUGCCGUAUCGACUGUGAGACGCGCUACCUGGUAGAGAACUGUAACUGUCGCAUGGUACAUAUGCCUGGAGAUGCCCCAUACUGCACCCCUGAGCUGUACAAAGAGUGUGCUGAUCCAGCUCUUGACUUCCUGGUGGAGAGAGACAACGAUUUUUGUGUGUGUGAGACACCGUGCAACAUGACCAGAUACAGCAAAGAGCUGUCCUUCGUCAAGAUCCCCAGCAAGGCCUCUGCCAAGUAUCUGGCCAAGAAAUACAACAAGUCAGAGCAAUACAUAGCUGACAAUAUCCUGGUUCUGGACAUCUUCUUUGAGGCUCUAAACUAUGAGAUGAUCGAACAGAAGAAAGCCUAUGAAGUAGCAGGACUUUUAGGUGAUAUUGGUGGUCAGAUGGGUCUUUUCAUUGGAGCCAGUCUCCUUACUAUUCUGGAGCUGUUUGACUACAUCUAUGAGGUGAUAAAGUACAAGCUCUGUCGAAGCUCAGAGAAGAAACACAAACACAGCAACAACGACCAGGGAGCUGUUCUGAGCCUGGACGAUGUGAAAUGUCACUCUCUCCGUGACAAUUCCCAUCCACCACCUCCAUACUCUGCCAAUAUGCUACCUUAUCACACAGAGCGGAGCAACUCAGAGGACUUCACCUGCUGAGCCAAUUAGAACACAAGGUAGUAAGGAAGUGGAGCAUUUCAGUUUCAUUCAGAAGUAGACAGAUGUCAGAGUAUAAAGCUUAUUUGUACAGAAUCUUGAUGAUGGGUAAUGCGUAACACUUCAAUAGCACUUAGAUCUCCACUGGUGCAAGAUUAGUGAUAGCCACGUAUAGCUUGCUUGAUGAUAAUUACUGCAGCCCACAACGUCAUUGAAACUUGCUAUUUCAUCCCAUGUAUACGGAGCAAAUAUUUAGUCUAAACAUGUAACAAUUUCAACAAUUUUAAUGAGUUACAGUUCAUAUAAGGAAAUCAGUCAAUUGAAAUAAAUUCAUUAGGCCCUAAUCUAUGAAUUUCACAUGACUGAGCAGGGUAGCAGCCAUGGGUGGGCCUGGGAGGGCAUAGGCCACCCACUUGGGAGCCAGACCCAGCCAAUCAGAAUACCGAAAUACUCCUCAGUUUCAUCAGCUGUCUGGGUGACUGGUGUCAGAUCAUCCUGCAGGUAAAGAAGCCGGAUGUGGAGGUCCUGGUGUGGUUGCACGUUGUCUGUGGUUGUGAAGCCGGUUGGUCGUACUGCCAAAUUCUCUAAAACAACGUUGGAGGCAGCUUAUGGUUGAGAAAUGAACAUUCAAUUCUCUGGAAACAGCUCUGAGGGACUUUCCUGCACUCAGCAUGACAAUUGCAUGCUCCCUCAAAACUUGAGACGUCUGAGGCAUUGUGUUCUGUGAAAAACUGCACAUUUUAGGGGCCUUUUAUCGUCUGCAGCACAAGGUGAACCUCUGUAAUAAUCAUGCUUGCUUAAUCUGCUUCUUGAUAUGCCACACCGGUCAGGCGGAUGGAUAAUAUUGGCAAAUAAGAAAUGCUCAAUAAAAAGAAUGUAAACAAAUUGUGCACAAAAUUUUUCUGCAUAUGGAAAAUUUCUGGGAUUUUUUAUUUCAGCUCAUGAAACAUGGGACCAACAAUUUACAUGUUGCGUUAUAGUUUUGUUCAGUACAAAAUAGAAUUAUUCUUGUAUUGUCUUCUGAGAAUGUCAUUUUACUCGGGCUACAUGUAGAUAUAGAAACCAGGACUAAGGGAUUUUGGCUUUGGUUGUGUGAUAGUGGGAAAUGUCCUCUGAUCAACUUGCAGAUAUUGGUUGAAUGUGUGAUGAGAUCUUCAGGGCUCACCACUGGGUUGCAUGUAUGUCAUCAUAAACUGUGUGUUAUCUGUAAGCAGUAUAUUGGCAUGUUUGUCCAUGUUACAUCUGUUGUCUGUUUA